CUCUCUUCCCUUCUUAAAAGCUGAACAUUGGUUUACCCCUUGCGUCUCGCCAUUCCUCUGAAGACAAGACACAGCACCACACCUGAAGCUUCCCCUUGCGUUCGGUGAGAUUUGCAACAGAAUGGAUAUUCAAAAUGCCCCAACUUCCAAAUGUAUCACUUACUGGAAAAGGAAAGUUAAAUCUGAAUACAUGCGACUUCGACAACUUAAACGACUUCAGGCCAAUAUGGGUGCAAAGGCUCUGUAUGUCUCCAAUUUUGCGAAAGUUCAAGAAAAAGCUCAGCUCCUCCAUGAAGAAUGGGAGAAGCUUCGUGUCCAACCUGUUCAGCGGAUGAAGCCUGUGGGUGGGCACCCUUUCCUCAGAAAGUGUACCAUCGAGAGCAUGUUCCCAGGAUUUGCAAGCCAGCAUAUGUUAAUGAGGUCCCUGAACACAGUUGCAUUGGUCCCCAUCAUGUACUCGUGGUCCCCUCUCCAGCAGAACUUCAUGGUGGAAGAUGAGACUGUCUUGUGUAACAUUCCGUACAUGGGAGAUGAGGUGAAGGAAGAAGAUGAGACUUUCAUUGAAGAGCUGAUCAGUAAUUACGAUGGCAAGGUCCAUGGCGAAGAAGAAAUGAUCCCUGGAUCCGUCCUGAUCAGUGAUGCCGUUUUCCUGGAGUUGGUAGAUGCCCUGAAUCAAUACUCGGAUGAGGAGGAGGAAGGGCACAAUGACACCUCAGAUGGGAAGCAAGACGACAGCAAAGGAGACCUGCCGGUCACAAGAAAGCGGAAACGACACGCCAUCGAAGGCAACAAAAAGAGCUCCAAGAAACAGUUCCCAAAUGACAUGAUCUUCAGCGCCAUCGCCUCCAUGUUCCCCGAGAAUGGGGUCCCAGAUGACAUGAAGGAGAGGUAUCGGGAACUAACAGAGAUGUCAGACCCCAACGCACUCCCCCCUCAGUGCACGCCCAACAUCGACGGCCCCAACGCCAAGUCUGUGCAGCGGGAGCAGUCUCUGCACUCCUUUCACACGCUUUUCUGCCGCCGCUGCUUUAAAUACGACUGCUUCCUUCACCCUUUCCAUGCCACCCCUAACGUAUACAAACGCAAGAACAAAGAGAUCAGGAUUGAACCAGAGCCGUGUGGGGCAGACUGCUUCCUUUUGCUGGAAGGAGCCAAGGAGUACGCCGUGCUCCACAACCCUCGCUCCAAGUGCUCCGGUCGGCGCCGGCGCCGGCACCACGUGGUCAGUGCUUCCUGCUCGAACACGUCUGCGUCUGCCGUGGCCGAGACUAAAGAAGGGGACAGUGACAGGGACACCGGCAAUGACUGGGCCUCCAGUUCUUCAGAGGCUAACUCUCGCUGUCAGACCCCCACGAAGCAGAAGGCAAGCCCCGCCCCACCCCAGCUCUGUGUCGUGGAAGCACCCCUGGAGCCUGUGGAAUGGACCGGAGCUGAAGAAUCCCUUUUUCGCGUCUUCCAUGGUACCUACUUCAACAACUUCUGUUCAAUAGCCAGGCUCCUGGGGACCAAGACGUGCAAGCAGGUAUUUCAGUUUGCAGUCAAAGAAUCCCUCAUCCUGAAGCUGCCAACAGAUGAGCUCAUGAACCCCUCGCAGAAGAAGAAAAGAAAGCACAGGCUGUGGGCCGCGCACUGCAGGAAGAUUCAGCUGAAGAAAGAUAACUCUUCCACCCAGGUGUACAACUACCAGCCCUGCGACCACCCAGACCGGCCCUGUGACAGCAGCUGCCCCUGCAUCAUGACUCAGAACUUCUGUGAGAAGUUCUGCCAGUGUAACCCGGACUGCCAGAACCGCUUCCCAGGCUGCCGCUGCAAAACCCAGUGCAACACCAAGCAGUGUCCGUGCUACCUGGCCGUGCGGGAGUGUGACCCUGACUUGUGUCUCACUUGCGGGGCCUCAGAGCACUGGGACUGCAAGGUGGUUUCCUGUAAAAACUGCAGCAUCCAGCGCGGCCUCAAGAAGCACCUGCUACUGGCCCCCUCAGAUGUGGCCGGAUGGGGCACCUUCAUUAAGGAGUCUGUGCAGAAGAAUGAAUUCAUUUCUGAAUAUUGUGGCGAGCUCAUUUCUCAGGAUGAGGCUGACCGGCGCGGGAAGGUCUAUGACAAGUACAUGUCCAGCUUCCUCUUCAACCUCAACAACGAUUUUGUAGUGGACGCCACCCGGAAAGGCAACAAAAUUCGAUUUGCAAACCAUUCCGUGAACCCCAAUUGUUAUGCCAAAGUGGUCAUGGUGAAUGGAGACCAUCGUAUUGGCAUUUUUGCCAAAAGGGCAAUUCAGGCUGGUGAAGAGCUCUUCUUUGAUUACAGGUACAGCCAAGCAGACGCCCUCAAGUACGUGGGGAUCGAGAGGGAGACCGAUGUCCUUUAGCGCGCCGGGGCCCCAGGCCACCGCCUCUGGUAGCGGCACUGUCUCUGCUUCCGUGCCCACCCACUGCUGCUCAGGAUUCCUGCACUGUGUGUGUCCCAGGCCGAGAACCCCAACCCCCCCCCUCAGCCCCCACCCCGUAGGGAGGCCUCAGCUGUGUUGAGUGGAGCCCCAACUGUCCGCAAAGGGAGGCCGGCAGCUCGGGCAGGGCCCCCAGGGGAGAGAGUGGCAAAGUGAGGUUCAGAGGACGUGUGCUCAGCCUGGGGGUGCGAGGCGGAUGCUUGACUUCUGCGGGCUCAGGGAGACAUGCAGGCACUAGCCUGCCCUCUGAGCUUUCCCCUCCUGGCAGCACUGUGCCCCCAGGGCUGAGGGGGGCUGGCUUGGAGACAGGCUUUCUUGGAGCACAGACACAAUUCUCCCUCUCCUUGGAGCCAGGUUUGAGGAAAGGCUGGGCAAAGGAAAGCUAGGUGCCACCCCUCUAUGGGUGGGGGUGGGGGUGGCCAGGCUAUAAACUUAGGGCCUGGGAGGUCGUGAGAAAGCCGCCUCUAUGGAGCAGGUGCUGCUGACCUGACACCCCCAUCCUAGGGCCUGGAGGUGCGACUCCAGGCCAGAAGCUUUGUGCUGCUGCUGAGGAAGGUGGGGUGGGGCUGGGGGUGCAGUCCUGGCCUGGCCCAGGGAGCCACUGCCGCUGAACUCUGCAGGCCAGGCCUAGUGAUUGGCUUGACAUGCUUUCCUCCCUGUGCCACCUGCUGUGUUGAGAGGGGAGCUGGCAGCGUGCACUGCACAGGUAGGUGGAUGAGGGGCCACCUAGUGGCAUGUCCCCAGGAUGACGUCCUUUGGAGGCAGUGGAAGAUGCAGCCCGUGGAGCCACCUCUCGUGCAGAGCAGAGCACUUUACUCCUUCUUGUAGGUCUGGAGACCACGGGGUGGAACUUGAGCUCAGGUCGGGGGGGCCCAGCUCACAUCCCACUCCUGAGGGAGGGGAAGAGGGAGCAGGGAAGAUCCCGGCGUCCCCACAUCUCCCGGCGGAGGUCCCAGCAGCCAUGGCCGUGGCUGGUGCUGAGCCUGUCGGGAAGCAAAUGCUGGGCUGGGGCUAGAUAGACUUGGAUGGGGGCAGGCUGACCUGUUCGUCCCUCCCACCCCACCGCCAUCCCGCAAAGCAAGAAGUGGGGCUCCUCCCCAGGCUGACUCCGAGGGAUUUUAGAGGGCCUCACACAUACUCGCCCUCCACACUUGUGCCCUGGGCACGCUCCAGCUGCCGUCUUCCCACCUGCUUGGGCCAACACCAGCCAGACCGCAGAACCCUGCUUCUGCCCGGGUUUGUGAUGUGUGUCCCCACCGAGGGUCCAUAGCAGACUGGCCUGGGAGCUCUGAGUCACUCAGAAACCCUGGUUCCAGGAGCCACCGCACCAGGUGCCCGUGGAGAAGUGGCCAGGGAGGGGUGGUGGAAAAGGAAGUCGCCACCCCCAGCCUUCCCACCCCACCCCCGCUGGAUCGCAGUGAUCAGCAGCCCCCACGCGUUUCAGACCCCCAGUCCUCCCGUUUCUUCUCCAGCCCCUCUUCCUUUUUCUGCUGCUGUCCCUCCCCUUAGACGAUGGUUCCCAGCCCCCCACUCCCGCACACUGCAAUGAUGGGCCGGAGCACGGGUGGGGCUGGGGCGGCAGUCCGUCUGUGGCUUUAUUGCCAGUGAAUCUCACGCACUUUACAGUCCUGUGGCUUGUGACCUCUUAUCUGAAUUGAAUAAAGUGGUAGAAUCCA